UGGCUUUUUUCAGCUCUUUUUUCCCCCCCGUUUCUCAAAGAGUGGGAAUAGAGCGGCUUGGAGCGCGCUCUUCCCUGAGCGUACCUGAAUGUAUCAACAGUGGCUGAGAUUCAAUCCUCCAGCAGAAACCCUACAGAGAGCUGCUGGUGGCGUUGCACUGCUUUCCUUUUAUAGUCCUGUUUCACUCAGCCGAGUUCUGAGGUUGUAAAGAGUAAAUAUCCUAUUAAUUGCUUUCAUAAUGGACAGAUUAAUUUUCUUUGCUUGUUUGGCUUUUCUGAAUGGAAGCUGAAUUUUGUUGUGUUGUCUCAGUGUUUAUGCUAAAAAUCCAACACUAGUAGAAAUUGCAGCCUUUUUUGGUAGAAAGAAAACAGAACAAUGUGCAUGUUUUUGCAUUGGACAGCAGUUUUGUGACUUCUCAUCUUGAAUGCUGACUCCAGUAAGGUAGGAAAAGGAUAUAAGAAUUGUAUGUACGGACAUCGCUCAGUGAUUCUCAAAGUUCAAGUAACAAAUGGGUCACGAAAUGAAAUGUCACCUUCUUAUCCAGAAAACUGAUGUGUUAAUUUGGAUUUGACCAUUAUCUGUAUAGCUGCAUUGGAUUUUAUUGCUUUCAUCAAACAUGCAAGUCUAGAAGGACUGUAUUAGAAAUUAUUAAUGAUACAGCUUUAGUACAAAUAUUACAGAAAUUAAUUAUUCACCAAUUAAAAAGCAAAACAAGUGAAUCAGCCUUUGUAUCUCUAUAUUUUGGUGGCACAGAUUCACAAGGAGCAAUUAAAGACCUUAGUUUGAGGGCAGGAGGGCUUCUGAAAUUAAACUCAGUUUCUGCUGGAGUCAUGCAGGAAGGAUCCUACAUCAUGUGAAUGAAUCAUGUGAAAUCAGCUAAAAAUGUUCUGUAUAUGAAAAUAAGUAUUAUCAUAUAAUUGGUGAAUAUAGAAAAAACUUGAUCCAAAUUCCUCAAUAUGGUUUAUGCAUUGUAGAGCUGUAACAUGGAUUUUAUGGUGAAUAAAUCAUAUAAGUAAUGUGGAGGUUGAGUGCUCUGGCAAGGAGUGAUCACAGCUAUCCUGUUGUGUUAUUUUAAUUGCCUGGUGAGUAGUUGUCAGCCUCACUUGUUUCUCUGUUUCAGUGUUUUGGUAUCAGAAUGCACAAGAUGAUGUCUUUGUGGCACAGUUGGUGACACGUUCUGCUACUAUCUUUGUCAGCUGGAAGGGGAUAGUGUAACAUUUCAUUUUUAAACCUGUGAAACCUUUCCACUCGUUUUCAUUUGGCUGAGACAAAGAAAGUAACCUGCAUCUGGUGUUGGAAGCAUCUCUGGAGUCCAAGUGUAAGGGAGAGUAGGCUGGCUCUGCGCUGUGUUCUGCUGAAAAGCACUGCCUAUGCCUGCACUGGUCAUUCAGCACAGAAACUAAUUAAGGAAUUAGAGAGAAUGGGUCCUGAGUGAGUGUUUUCAGGCCCUGCUGCAGUCUCAUGAGGUCUGUGGUAUAUCAGCAGCACGCUGCCACAGCCAGCUCAAGCAAAUGAAAAUUCUGUUGACCUCCCCAGUGUGGAGGUGCCAUAUUAGCCCAGUGCCAUGGCUGUUUGUUGUGACUUAAACAUGGAAUCAGGCCGGGCCUGUUCCUGUAGAAGGGACAGAGCUGGUGUUUCAGCAGAGAGACGUGGGCUUGGUUCACGGGGGAAUUGGGACUUCUUCAUUCUGCAGGCAGUGCAAGAAGUGCAAGGUUUCAAACAGGGUUAUCUUUCCGUGCCUCUGUGGAGGUACUGGAGAGGAGAACAGGGAAAAAGGCAAGGAUUGUCUGGGAGGCUGAGGAGAGCAUGAAAUUAAGGCCCAGCAAUACAACGUUUGCAGACCCCUUGCGUGUAGUCUAUGCCAAGAGUAUAAUAAAGCUGGGCUGCACUUUGGCCUUAAAUUUUUUUUUCAUGCUUUUCUUAGGCAUGAAAUGUGAUAAUUUUGGAGUUCUAAUGUGACUAAUUCUUACUGCUCUUAAAAUAGCAGCUCAGUUACAGUCAGUAUGCAGCAAUGUAUAGGAAUAAAUGUUCCUGGGAAAAAAAUUGCUAAUUAUAUGAAGACAAGGGUCCAUUAUGUUACAUUGCUUUCCCAUCUUUGUAAUGCUUUGCCAUGUUUUGCAUGUCACUAAUGCCAAUUCUUCUCUGGCAAGCCUGCAGUUCUUUGCAUUACCAUGCCUUGAAGGGGGUUUAUGUGAGAAUAACUGCUGUGGUGUAGUGCAGGAGCACAAGGAGUCCAUGUGAAACCUGUGCCCUGGAAUGUGAGCAGGAGAUGCAGGAAACCUGUGCUCAUACUGCAGUGCCUCUUCUCUCUUCAUGUUGCCCUCUGUUCCUGUAGCUGCAUUUGGUUUCUGCCAGGCUUUUCCUGAGCCCAUGCAGCAGCACAGUCCCAAAUUAAUAAGGAUCUGUGUUGACAGCUGCUUCAUAACCUUCUGGCCUGUUCAGGGGUGUUUUCCCCUCGUGCACAGGGUGUCGGAUGCAGCACCCCAGUAUUUCUUCUGGUGGCUGCUUUCCUGGGCAGGCUCGGGUAGUCUUUGGUUUUUUUCUUUCCUUUGCAAAUUAAUUGCUGAAAGAACAGUUUUUUGUUCACUGUUGAGUUGUGGCUACUGAAGGAUUGAAAAGGAAAUGUCUCCUGUUGACUUCUACCAUUCAGGAGAGCUGUGUCUAGCUCUCUUCUUGAAUAUUUCUUUAAAAUGGCAUUGAAAUCGUGUUUCAAGGUGUGCUCAUUGUGUUCUAGUCAUCAUGACAGCAUAUAUUAAUUAUUUGCUCUGGUUUUCUUUGCCACACACUGGCUGAGGUUUUGUUCUCUGUGCUUUUGUUAUUGCGGGAAGGUUGAAGUUUCACCAUCAUGGUGCUUCCACAAAUUACUUUUGAGAAUUUGCACACCAUCUGUGUGCAAUAAUAAAGCUUUUAGCAGCUCCAGAUUGCCGUGCUGGUGGUUGGGGAGUGUGGAUGAAAGCCAGCCCAGUGAAUUAAGGUCAUGUCCCUACUGGGGACAGAAAGCAAGCUCUAGGUAAAACGAUCUAGACAAUCCCUGGAAGAGGCAUCUGGUCCUGGUAGUGCUUUGGCAAUCACGGUUAUGGCUGUUAAUCUUCAGGCUUCCAGCCCCUGAAAGGGAGCAGAAGACACAUAGGGACUCACUCCAGGUGUUAAUGGGCACCUGCAGGAGCAAUACUCAUGUUCUGGACAGGCAUAGGUGGAUGGAAAGUGUUGAGUAGAAAACAUGGAAAGCGAGCCAGACAGGCUAAAAAAGAGAAAUAAUUGUGACACAAAGCAAAGGAGACAACAGCCACAACAGACAAAUUUUAGAAAGGAUUAAUGCAACUACUGAAUCUGUCAGUGGAGAAGUUCUUCAUAAUAUCAACAUUAAAAACUUGACAUUUACAAUAUUGAGGAGAAAAUAAAAAGCUUUUGGAUAUAGGUCUGUGUGGGAGGAAGUAAUGUUGGAAGGAAAAAGCCAUGAACUGUUGUACCAGAUAAAUACACUAUAUUAAGAAAAUUACAACAUGAGAGGGACAUCUUGUGGCACAAAUAAAAUUAAAAGUAAUAGUCCAGUGUCAGGAGGAGUACCCUGGAAUGUUACUCUGGGGUCACCAUUUCUGGGAGAAAACCCAGGCUUGGUAGAUUAAUUUGUUCCAGUCUUUCUUGUAGCAGGACUCCUGCUACCCACUUUCUCAUCUUCCCACCUUUUUGUCUCCAUGAGACGAGGAUUAUAGAACACAGACGUUCUACCAAAUAUACUUGUCUGUCUUGCUGCAAAUGAUGCUAGUUUUUAAUGAAGAAAUAGAUUAAAAUGUCACUACUGUUAUUUGACUGAAUGUGCUGUCAUCGGCAGCAUAAAAUGUGACAGAACCUUAGCUGUGGGUGGCUAACACUUAUUUUCUGCUUGUAUCACAAUCAUAUUUCCAUAUGUUCCUAUAAAUUAAAAAGAAUGCUUUGAAUUUUCAGGAGGACAGAGGUCCAUGGCUGGGUACAGUCAACUGAAAUGGAACCUACCAUGCCUCUGUGCAUCGCUCUGUAUGAUGACGCAGCCUUGUCAGUGUGCCUGAGCCUUGAGAUUCCUUGUUUGAUUAGUUUUGAUCACAUGGUGAUAAAAGUUUAAUUAUCUUUUACAAGCAGCAGUUUUCCCAGGAGUUGUCAUUGUAACUUUGAAUAAUUUCUGGAGUACUUUUCAUUGCCUUAGACGAGGUGGUGCUGUAUGGUGUGGAGUGGGAGAAGUCUGUACACCACAACAGUAUUUCCAGUCUCACGGAGCUCAGCCACCUCAGCCACACAUUUGGGUGUCUUUAGGAGAGGUUCUCGUGCUGGGCUGGUGGAGCACCCAGCCAGAGAGCUGGGGAGCAGACACUGUACCCCAGGUACCUUCCAGGUGCAGUUUGCUUCACCUCCCGGGCUGGCUGCAGGGGCAGGAGCAGGUGGAGCUGCUGCUGCUUUGGGUGUUUUAAGCAAGCAGGAGUGAGCUGGCAAGAGCACUGAGUGGAGUCAUUGCUCUCAGCUUCGGAGAAACAAUAGAAUGUCAGUUAAAGGAAAAAACAGACGUGGCUCUUCUACAGGAAUACCUCGGCUCUAAGGGCGUUAAGCUUUUCAUAAAAACCUGAACACUGGGGAGUUUUUGAUUUCAUGGUGCGUUUUCUGUUUAAAAUUUUCAGCAACCAGAUGUGUUUUUGGUUGGGCUCAGUAUUUCCAUUGCUACCUUGUUUUUAUGUGUGUGACAUAGGAAGUUCAGUGUAUCAAUGUACAUUUUCUUGGGGCUGUUUAUAAUGUGUCCAUUCGUGCCCAAGGAUCCAGAGGUACUAUUGGAAUCAAUCGGUAUGUAAAUCAUUCUCUGCUUUGGAAAGAUAGGAGAUCAUUUCUCCAGCAGUAAUUCAAUCAGAGCUUGUUUUUUGUAAAUCUACAAUACCCUGGCCUAAAUUUAAUUCAAAGUUUAUGUUUCCUAGCUACAGUUCUAGUACUUCAGUUGCCAUGAGUAGAAACACUAUAAAUGAAAAAAAAAGGCUGGACAAUAGUAAAGAGAUCUUUUUAGGGUUAAAGAUAGGGCAGAACCCCUAAGUUUUUGUUUUCAGGCAUUUGUAUGAGACUAACGAAAAAUCUGCCAAGUCAUGCUGUUGUCCAGCACAGAUUUUUGGCCAACACAACGGUUGGCCAUAAAAUGCUUUUUGUACUUACUGGUCAGCUGAAAACCUGAGAGUUGCAGCUCAGUUGCUUUGACAUCUAUUCCUUUGGCCACAAUUAAUUUCCCGUUUGGUAUUCCGCAGAAUGACCAACGUUUAGCUUAGGUGAACCAAAACCUUUGGGUUUGUUGGUAUUGGUUGAAUUCAGAGUGUGGACUUAAGCUUGUAAGGAUGCCAGCUGCACACUUUGUUGCCUGACUAAACGAUUUUGAUUGUUGAAGAACUUCAGAUUUUUACUGGUUUGAUCCAUUCAAAUAGAAAUUCCUGUGGCGAGGGCUUGCCCUAAGCAGUGGCAGUGGAGCAGUCUGGUGUCACGGUCAGAGAAUGAGCUCCCACAUACCUGGGAACAUGUUUUCCAGCCUGUCAGUUGAAGCUCUUGACAAACAAUAAACUAGAGCUGUGCCUUGCUAUGCCUCUCUGCCUUCAAAGAGGUUUUUCUGGUUAAAUAGUGGGAUGGUAUUAACUUAGGGUGUGAAUACAAGUUUAAGUGUUGUGCUAUGAAUCUCUCUGUGUUAGCUGGCUGGAAUGUCGCUGGGUUUUCUGCCUGGGUGUCUGAUGUGAGGGACAACGGUGCCCGUGCUUUCUGUGUGUGUGUCUCUGUGUAUGGAGGGAGGUGCCUGCCUACCUGGAGCAGCAUCUGGAUUAAUGGUGGGACAUCGUUCUCAGCUUUGCCCUUGGUUUCAGGUGUCUCCUUUGAGCAACACAGAGCACACCUAGGAAAGGCACGUUUAUUCCAGAAUAGGUAUUUCGCCAAACGGGCUGGGAUGGAAAAGCCUUUAAGUGACGACGAACCGCGUGAAUUCAGGGCGGUGAUGGACGGUUGGCGCUCGCCGUGCGGGGUGCGGGAGGAGGAGCGGGCUGCGCGCUGGGUGUGUGUCCCUGCGGCACCGGCGGCGCGGGGACGGCAGGGCCGGGACCCGCGUGCGCUGCCGGGGGCGGCGGGGUCGCGCCGGGUGAGGCUCCCACCGCCACCGGCCGCGCGUGGAUCCGCCUCGCCGAGCGCCCCCGGAGCGCCGACCCGCCUCGCCGGGGCUGCGGCCGGCGCUGCCCGGCUCCCUGCGCGCCGGGGCGGGCGGAUGGGGGCCGGGGCUGCGGCCCCGCUCCCCGCCGGGUCCCCGCCGCGCCGCGCCCUCCCCCGCGCUCCCGCCGCCUCCCUCCCCUUCCUCCCGCCUCCCCGCCCCCGGCUCCGCAUCGCCGCGGCCGGAGCGCACGCCGCCCGCCCGAGGAUGCUCCGCGCUUUUGUUCCCCCGCCGCAGCCUUUGGGAGGACUCUCGUCCUGACUCGGUGGAGGUUCCUCUCCCUCUUCCCCCAGCCCCUCAUCCCUCCUCGGCGCGGCAGCCCACCCAGGAGGGCAUCGGUAUCAGCCCUCUCCGGUGCGCCGGGGAAGUUGCUGACAUGCCUGCCGCUGGGUCCCGGUGCGGCGGCAGCGGCGGGGAGCCGGAUUUAAAGGGGAAUUGUGCUGCAGACAAUGCACAGCAGCAGCAUCUGGAGCAGCCCUGGGGACCGGAGCUCCGGUUUUGACAUUGCUGCACACACAGCACCAGCCGCAAUGACAGCAGCUGCCUGGAGUGGCUGCAGGCAGCAGGCAGGAGCAUGAAGUAGAGAUCACUGCAGUGCUCAAGAUGAACUCCUCUUUGGUUGGCAACCAGAGUGGCCGGCCCUUCUGUCUCCUGGCCAUUAGCUAUUUGGAGACCAUCAAUUUUUGCCUCCUGGAAGUGGUUAUUAUUGUGUUCCUUAUGGUGCUGAUUAUUUCGGGCAACAUUAUUGUGAUAUUUGUCUUUCACUGUGCACCUCUGCUGAACCACCACACCACCAGCUACUUCAUCCAGACUAUGGCGUAUGCUGACCUCCUGGUGGGCGUGAGCUGUCUGGUGCCUUCUUUGUCUCUGCUGCACUAUCCUAUUGUUUUAAGCGAGUCCUUGGUUUGCCAAAUCUUUGGUUAUGUGGUGUCAGUGCUGAAGAGCGUCUCCAUGGCCUCCCUGGCCUGCAUCAGCAUUGACAGAUACAUUGCCAUCACGAAGCCCCUGACCUACAACACGCUGGUUACCCCGUGGAGGCUGCGGAUCUGCAUAUUGACCAUUUGGCUCUACUCCUGCCUGGUCUUCUUACCCUCCUUUCACUGGGGAAAGCCUGGAUAUCACGGGGACGUGUUCCAGUGGUGCGCCAACUCCUGGAACACCGAUCCCUAUUUCACCCUCUUCAUUGUGGUGAUGCUCUACGCCCCGGCCGCUUUCAUCGUCUGCUUCACCUACUUCAACAUCUUCCGCAUCUGCCAGCAGCACACCAAGGAGAUCAACGAGCGGCGCGUGCGCUUCAGCUCGCAGGACGGGGAGGCCGGGGAGGCCCAGCCCUGCCCAGACAAGCGCUAUGCCAUGGUCCUCUUCCGCAUCACCAGUGUCUUCUACAUCCUGUGGCUGCCCUACAUCAUCUAUUUCCUGCUGGAGAGCUCCAAUGUCUACAGUAACCGCGUCGCCUCCUUCUUGACCACUUGGCUUGCCAUUAGCAACAGUUUCUGCAACUGUGUCAUUUACAGUCUCUCCAACAGUGUCUUUCAGAAGGGGCUGAAGCGUCUCUCGGGGGCCAUCUGUGCCUCCUGUGCUAGACAGAGGGUAGCUAAGGACUCCUCUACCUCUAGGAGCAAAAGAUCUUCCAAUGGAUGUCAUGUCUAGGACGCCCGUCAGCUGGACUGGGAAGUGCAGGGACAAUUGCGUAGAUUGCAAAAUAACUUAGAUAUGAUUUUAAGAUACCCAGAUUUGCAAAAAGGUUUCUGAGAAAUGCUGCUGACAUAGAAGGAUCAGGAGCACAUUUCGUUGUGGUUUCACUUUAAAAAAUGAUUGCUGUGGAGGAGGCUGUGGAGUUUCACCUCCACAUUCAUUUUAAAGAAUAAAGCUGUAUCUUGACACUUACCUCUCCAGCUGGUGUGACUGAAUGGAGUGGGUGUCUGAGAGCUUCAGCAAAAUGUAGUCUUUCUUACAGCUUUACUGGGUUCUUUGGAGAUUCGUGCUUCACAUGUAAAUGAUAGAUCUGAAGUGGAAAUGUCACAGUCUAUGGUAUAUUACAGGGAUUUUUUUAAUAUAUGCCAAAGUAUAUUGACACAAUGUUCCAGCGUCAGAACAGAAGGGGCCAAACAAUUUGUUUUUCAGUGCUACCUAGACAGGAGUUGCAGAACAGGAGUGAGCAAUGUGAACAUUUCAGUGUGAACUGUGGUAAUGAGCCGUGAGUGCAGCGAUGUUUCUGGGCAGUCAUACUCCUAGGGCUGAUCUGGCUUCCGUGCCCCGUUUCCCUGGUAGGAUGCAUGUUUGGAUCUGAGUGCGGCAUCUGCGUUUUCCUGUUUGUUGUGAAGUAAGAAGAAAAACUUGGAUCAGACCAAAUUUAGCGGUUAAAUAAAAUGUGUUUUGAUAAGCUAAGAGAAAAUACGUGUUGCUUUAUGAUACCAGAGUUGUGGCAGCCACUCAAGGAUGAUGCCAACAUGUGAAAAUUGUUCUCAAACCAGUGGAGAAAUGCCACGGGUUUGUAUGUGGAAAUUUUCUCAAGAACAACUUUAAAAAUAACAUGUCCCCUUUUUUUUUUUUUAAUCUAAAUUCUUCUGAUAUUUUACAUACUGGAACUUAAGGGGAAAGGAAAGAAAACAAUUGUCUUCUAAACAGCUAAGGGAACUAUGUUGUAAAUUUAACUGUAGUAUUUGAGUUAUUCAUAAGUGCACAGAGCUAAAUCAGAGACAUUUUUCUUUAGCCUUCAUGGGAUUAAAGAUGGUUCAAAUAUAGCAGGAGCUAAAUCCUGUUGGCAAAAGCAUAUCUAACUGGUCAGACAAAGGCAAUAUCUGAGGAACCAAAUCUCAUUGACCACAGCUUGUUCAAGCUAGCCUAGAUUAAAUGUUUUGAGUACUGUCGUGCUGUUAAGAAGGCAGAACUGCCCUCAUAUUGUUGAGUUUUUCCUGAAGAAUAUCCUUGUCUUUUUACUAUGCCGUUUUGGAAAUGAAAGUGAACCAAGUAUUCCUGUAGUGGUGGAUUGUAGUGUCACCCUGUCCCGGGUGCAGGGCUGUCCCUCUGUCCUGCUCUGAGAGGAGGUUGUGCCCCCGACCAUCUGCCCUCCGUGCCCCUCC